AUGGCCUCCCAAGGAGGCCUCACGCGAAGGCGUGGUGCUGGAGGGGCCACGUCGCCCAACGGAGAAGACGAGUCCUCCAGCCGGGUAACAUCCCCUGUCCCCAAACCAUACAACGAUCGAUCCCCCGAAACCGCCUACGAAUCCAGCGAGAAUGGCCACCGGAUCGCCUAUGACCCCCGAGACAUCAGCGAGAGCGCAGAACGGAGUAAACAACCCAAGCUGACCUUGAUGGAAGAGGUUCUGCUCCUGGGGCUGAAGGAUAAGCAGGGGUACUUGUCGUUCUGGAACGAUAACAUCUCGUAUGCCUUGCGAGGCUGCAUAGUCAUCGAGCUGGCAUUUCGAGGUAGAAUCAGCAUGCAGAAAGAUUCCUCGAGGAGACGGUUCCCACUUUCGGACAGAAUCAUCGAAGUCAUAGACGACACCCUGACAGGAGAAGUCCUGUGUGACGAAGCUCUGAAAAUGAUGAAGACGAGUGAGAAGAUGAGUGUCAGUUCCUGGAUCGAUCUCAUGAGCGGUGAGACGUGGAAUCUGAUGAAAAUUGGCUACCAAUUAAAGCAAGUCCGCGAGCGACUGGCCAAGGGCCUUGUGGACAAAGGCAUCCUGCGUACCGAAAAACGAAACUUCCUCCUCUUCGACAUGGCCACCCACCCCGUAGUCGACUCCGCAGCCAAAGAUGAAAUCCGCAAGCGUGUACGCAACGUCUGUACUAGCCGCACCGUCGUACUGCCUCCGUCGCAGUUCCUCCCCGCCGAGCUCGAUUUCCGCAUGCUGAGAACGGUGAGCAUGGUCUGUGCCGCGUAUGCAGCCAACGUGCUUGAAAAUGCUCUGGUGACAUUGGGUCAUGAGGCGAGAGAGAGAGCGUUUGCCCAAGUGGACGAACUAUUGGCAGAGUAUUCACAGUGGCCCUUUGCAAAGAGGACCGGUGGACAACAGGGAAUUGGAGCAAAUAUUGGCCAGGUGAUUGCAGACGAGGUCGAGAAGAACAAGGACAAGGAAUUACAGCUUGAGGCCCAAUCUACCGCUUCCCGAACUUGGACUAUUGACUCUAAUACCAGUACGAUCAGAGAUAAUCGCGAGCGGGCGCUCAUACCAGCGACAAAUACUGCCGGGUCUCGGUCUCGAAGAGAGACUUCACGCUACGACGAUCGCGACGGGUCCCACGUCGCACACGAGCGCGGUGACUACGGCUCUUCUCUGUCUCGAUCUCGCACUUUGUCGACGACUACCCGCUCACGCGGGGACGGACGACGUGACAAUCGUGACGGAGACAGCAGCGUCGUUGAGUUGUCCGACCUGUUUGGGAGCAUGAGCAUGGCAAACACGUCUUCGUCCCGCCGAAGCUACCGUGGUGAUUCAGGCCAAGACGACACGCCGGCGUUGAGUCUCAUCACUCUUUUUACCUGCACCCGCCACAGCGUCGCACAGUGCCCCAAUACUGUCGGGGCCGAGGCAAGACGCCGGGCGGCGACCGACGACCGUCGCCCAUCGAGGCCCGCCAGGCACGAGAUCCCCUUCCGCCGGCUCCUCGCACACCAUGACGUGAAGCGCCGCGAUGUCAAGAUGACCUACCACGAGCAGGACCACGAGAUCGACCUCGAACUCCCCGACUGGUUCCUGAUCCGUGUUCCCCCAGGGAACCUCGUGUGUAGGGACGAUGGGUGGGUGUGGUCGGUCUGCGACGCUUGCUUGGCCAACGAGGGGGGAUGGCGCAAGUAUAGCCACCUAGAACGAUAG